AUGGGUCGUUAUCGGCAAAGUCGUCGAUCACAAAGGUUUACAACAACUACAUCUGAUGUUGCUACAACAUUUGAUGAUACUGAUAUGCAACCAGGUGAUAAUGAAAAAGAAGAAAAUUCAUCAACUCAUGGAGAAAGUCAAACUAUUGUUAUAGAUACGAAUAUUGAAGAAAAUCAAACUAUUGAUAUUGAUGCACCAGAUGAAGAAAAAAAUCUUAAAUCUAAUGUUUGGUACUAUGCAAAAAAAUUAUCAUCUGAUGAGGCUCAAUGUAAAAUAUGCAAAUUGUACGUCAAAACAAUCAAUGGUGGUACAACGACACUUCGAAAACAUUUGAUUAACAAGCACCACCUGAUUCAUCUUGCAUGUCCUGCAGCAUCACGUCCAACAACUUCUAAUACAAUUACACAUGAACAAAAGGCUCGUCUUGAUCAUCUGGCAAACUUGGCCAUUCUAGUGGAUGGUCGAUCAUUUGGUGAUCUACGUAAAACUGGUAUACGUAAAUUUUUAUCUGAAGCAAUACCAGGUAAUUAUAUUGUAAGACUGAAGAUAUUUCGUCUUAAAUACAAAAGUAUUUUCACGUUUGAUUAUAGAUAUUUACCACCUACACGUUUCAUAUUUUAA